CCUCCUACGCAAAUAAGAACUCGGCGAUUCCCCUCCUGCCGCUUUGAUUUCGGGCACCUCCAACAGAUAAUUGGGAAGGGUUUCCAGAAGGUGGGAAAUGUCACCUGAUUCACACUGAACUUUUAAAAGCUCCCCACCCCCAAGGAGCCGCGCACACCCUUGCUCGCGGCCGCCCUCCCACUGCCCCACACACUGGGAGACCGCCCACCGCAAACCGCGGAGACCCCCGUCUAGAUUUAAAGCGCGGCUGCGCCCGGCUUCUGACGUCCAUUGAAUCGCGCGGGCGGCCGGCGGCGAGCGCGGGGCUGCGCCGGGAUCGCUGCGCCCUCCGCCGCUCGCCUUUGCGACGCGCGCCGCUCUCCCGAGCCACCCGCCGCCGCGCCCGCUCCCCGCGCCGCCGCACUCCUCGCCCCGCGUCUGCCCCCACGAUGGUCGGUCCCAGGCACCAGCCCGGCGGGCUGUGCCUCCUGCUGCUGCUGCUCUGCCAGUUCAUGGAGGACCGCAGCGCCCAGGCUGGGAAUUGCUGGCUCCGCCAAGCGAAGAACGGCCGCUGCCAGGUCCUGUACAAGACCGAACUGAGCAAGGAGGAGUGCUGCAGCACCGGCCGCCUGAGCACCUCGUGGACCGAGGAGGAUGUAAAUGACAACACGCUCUUCAAGUGGAUGAUUUUCAACGGGGGCGCCCCCAACUGCAUCCCCUGUAAAGAGACAUGUGAGAACGUGGACUGUGGACCCGGGAAAAAGUGCCGAAUGAACAAGAAGAACAAACCCCGCUGCGUCUGUGCCCCAGACUGUUCCAACAUCACCUGGAAAGGGCCAGUCUGUGGGCUGGAUGGGAAAACCUACCGCAAUGAAUGUGCACUCCUCAAGGCCAGAUGUAAAGAGCAGCCGGAACUGGAAGUCCAGUACCAGGGCAAAUGUAAAAAGACAUGUCGGGAUGUUUUCUGUCCAGGCAGCUCCACAUGUGUGGUGGACCAGACUAACAAUGCUUACUGUGUGACAUGUAACCGGAUUUGCCCAGAGCCCACCACCUCUGAACAGUAUCUCUGUGGGAAUGAUGGAGUGACCUACUCCAGUGCCUGUCACCUGAGGAAGGCUACCUGCCUACUGGGCAGAUCGAUUGGAUUAGCCUAUGAGGGAAAGUGUAUCACAAAGUCCUGUGAAGAUAUCCAGUGCACUGGUGGAAAAAAGUGUUUAUGGGAUUUCAAGGUUGGCAGAGGCCGGUGUUCCCUCUGCGAUGAGCUGUGCCCCGAGAGUAAGUCCGAGGAGCCUGUCUGUGCCAGUGACAAUGCCACUUACGCCAGUGAGUGUGCCAUGAAGGAGGCUGCCUGCUCCUCAGGUGUGCUGCUGGAAGUCAAGCACUCCGGAUCUUGCAACUCCAUUUCGGAAGACACCGAGGAGGAAGAGGAAGAUGAAGACCAGGACUACAGCUUUCCUAUAUCUUCCAUUCUAGAGUGGUAAACCCUCCACCAAUGUUCAGUGUUGAUAUAGCCUUUGGGCAAAAAAAAAAAAAAAAAAAAAAAGAAAGAAAAAAGAAAAGAAAAGAAAAAAUAUAUUGUCCAUACUGUAAAUAAGUGUAUGCUUAUUUAUUUGGGGGGAAAACUAUACAUAAAGGACGUUUGUCCUAGAGCUCUCUCCCAGGCCACCUUGUUACUCAUUGGACACGGAGAGGCAGUCAUUGUGAGGUCUACUGGAUGAGGCCCAUAGUUGAGACUUGUAGACAUUUAUUUAUACUGUGUCAUGUUUUAUAAUUUAUACAUAAAAUGUCUGGUUGACUGUACACCUUGUUUUUGAAGAAAUUUAUUCGUGAAAGGAAGAGCAGUUGUUAUUUAUUGUGAGGUCUCUUGCUUGUAAAGUAAAAGCUUUUUUUUUUUCCUUGUAAACCAUUUAAGUCCAUUCCUUACUAUUCACUCACUCAUCUGUCUCCCUUCAUCUCACUGUUGUUAGACUCUUUUCCACUUUAACAAACUUGCAUGUCAGUUUCUGUCAUGUUUUUUUAUUUAUUGGAUUCUCUGCUGCCUGUUCUGUACAUACAUGAUCCCUCGGGUUUUGUUUACAAGGAAUCUUGACUGACCAAAAGGCAUUAUAACUGACUCAAAUAGAAGGUACAGAGGAUCAUCUUUGAGGAAACUCCUAGUUCAGUUCUCUUGUCAUGAUUUGGGAGAGAAGGGGUGAUAGAAAUGUUAGAAUUCUAAUAAUGUACUUUUAAGAUGUUACAAAUCCAAAGAAAUUGAAAUGGGUAUCCGGAGACUGAAGGAAGGGAAUGCUAUACAUUCAACCUUUUGUUAGGUGUUUCCUGUAAGCUACUCUGCUGUACCUUUUAAAUUAGUUCCUUUUCAAACAACGUGUCGCUAAAAGUUAUAUCAAAGCUUUAUCAGUUCAAGUUUCUUGCUUUUCAUAAUACUUUUUUCUGAUGCAAUUUUAUAUUUUCAAACAUGGCAAGUUAAAUAUAAAUUCAUUUAAAUAUAUAGUUUUGUACUUUUCUACCAUGUAAAUGUGCAAUGUAUAUAAAAGUUAUAAUGUGUAUUUGUAAAUAAAUGAUGAGUGAAAAAAUAAAAAAAUUUUAAAAAGCCAA